GGGAGGGGGGUUGACAUAAGGAAUAAGCUACAGAAGAGGAGCUUGGAGCGCUUGUGCUUUAUUGCUGGACACGCGAACUGUUCUCGGCGCGCGGACACUAAACUGCCCAAAGGCGUUUGGCAGGAGUUCUUAGCCAAAACGAUUGUCUUAAGAACGAGGAAGCACCAGAUAUUUACAGGAAGGAGGACACAUUUGUGAACAGGUUUGGUAGCGUGGGGUUUUGGUUUAAACUGCAAAUUAAAACCUGGACAACCUUAACAACAAACGGACGCGUAAAAGUUGCGACUGGAACAUUACUGUAGUUUUUUUUUUUAAUACGUUCGAAAUUAGUGCCGUAUAUGGAGUUUUAACGCACGGGAAGGAAGUAUUCUGUAGCAUCGACAGUGCCUUAUUUCGGUUGUGCUGAAUAGGCUUGCCGCACACCUUACUCUGCCGCUAUCGUUACACAUAAUAUUUACUGACACAUGCUUCAGAGCAGCCUCGCGUUGAUAAGAAGGGAAAGAUAAAGGUCGCGUAGCGUAGCGCGAGAUAGUAUACGGGCUGUUUAUGUAUACAUUAGAGUCGCUUUCUGAGAUCUGACCGGCGGUACGCGGCUCUAGCAUCACCGCUCAAUAGCGAGGACCGAAUAUCUCAAUUAGCAACAUGACGGAUGGACCGAGACAAAGAGGCAGCGCAGCCCCGAGCACCAGCGAGGAUGCAGCCGCAGACACAGGGAAUGCCGCAGGACAGUCAUCGGUGGCGCUGAAGAAGGAGAUCGGUCUCGUCAGUGCUUGUGGCAUUAUUGUCGGUAAUAUUAUUGGCUCUGGAAUCUUUGUCAGCCCAAAGGGAGUGUUGGAAAAUGCCAGUUCAGUGGGACUGGCCCUCAUCGUAUGGAUCAUCACAGGUGUUAUAACAGCGAUCGGCGCACUCUGCUAUGCUGAGCUGGGUGUUACUAUCCCCAAAUCUGGAGGCGACUACUCUUAUGUCAAGGACAUCUUCGGAGGGCUGGCAGGGUUUCUGCGGUUGUGGAUUGCUGUGCUGGUGAUCUACCCUACUAACCAGGCGGUUAUUGCUCUCACCUUCUCCAACUAUGUCCUGCAGCCUCUGUUCCCCACCUGCUUCCCCCCAGAGAAUGGUCUGCGCCUGCUUGCUGCCAUCUGCUUGUUGCUGCUGACUUGGGUGAAUUGUGCUAGCGUGCGCUGGGCAACACGAGUACAGGAUGUCUUCACUGCAGGGAAACUUCUGGCCCUCAUUCUUAUCAUCAUCAUGGGCAUCGUACAAAUUUGCAAGGGCGAGUACUACUGGUUGGAACCAGCUAAUGCUUUCGAGCCGUUUCAAGACUACGAUAUUGGUCUGAUCGCUCUAGCAUUUCUACAGGGGUCCUUUGCCUACGGUGGCUGGAAUUUCCUCAAUUAUGUCACAGAGGAACUCGUUGACCCCUAUGUGAACCUUCCCCGUGCUAUCUUCAUCUCCAUUCCCCUUGUGACCUUCGUGUAUGUUUUUGCUAACAUUGCUUACGUCACUGCCAUGAGCCCUCAGGAACUGCUGGCUUCUAAUGCUGUAGCUGUGACGUUUGGUGAAAAGCUGUUGGGAGUGAUGUCAUGGAUCAUGCCCAUCUCUGUGGCCUUGUCCACAUUUGGGGGGGUCAACGGCUCCCUCUUCACCUCCUCUCGGUUGUUCUUUGCGGGUGCACGUGAAGGUCAUCUUCCUAGCUUACUGGCUAUGAUUCAUGUAAAGCGCUGCACACCAAUUCCAGCCCUGCUCUUUACUUGCCUCUCUACACUUCUAAUGCUGUGCACCAGUGACAUGUACACACUCAUCAACUAUGUGGGUUUCAUCAACUACCUCUUCUACGGUGUCACUGUUGCUGGGCAGAUUGUUCUGAGGAUUAAACAACCAGAUAUACACCGGCCAAUUAAAAUCAGUCUGGUGUGGCCUGUCAUCUACCUGCUGUUUUGGGCCUUCCUAUUGAUCUUCUCUCUGUACUCGGAGCCUGUGGUGUGUGGCAUUGGCUUGGCCAUCAUGCUUACUGGAGUCCCAGUCUAUUUCUUGGGCGUGUACUGGGACAACAAACCACAGUGUUUCAAUACAUUUGUUGACAAGAUGACAUACCUGGGUCAAAAGUUUUGUGUAGUAGUCUACCCGAUGGAGGACGAGAAGAAAAACGAGGAGUCUGUAGAAGAGAUCGAACUCAAGGAACAGUCGGUUCCGCUGUCAGCUGAGGAUGAGCAGACACCGAAGUCAGCUGACUGCUGAACAGGCACAUGAAGACAUACUUAUUCACUCACAUACGGGCAGCCAGGUUUAUUCAGAUAGACACUGGAAAUCAAACUAAUUUUUCACAUACCUCUGUAUUAUGCCUUUUCAUAAAGAGGGGGUUGCACUGGAGUGCGGUGGCUAAGCUCAGGAGACUAAUGAACAGAGAAUAGCUGCUCCACUGGUCAUGUGGUUGUGCUGUAGUGGUCUUAAACAAUGUUCUCCGUUCUCUCUAGUUGCUAGUCUCUUAGCAACUGCUUUCUACUCCACUGGAUGUGCGACAGAAUUACAACAUUAAAAUGUGGAAUGACAUAAAUCUCUAGAAUGUAUUACUUACAAACACUGGUUUAGAAGGGUCUGCAUUUUUAAAAAAGACCUUUCUGAAACAUUCUUUUUUCCUUUUCAAUUAUGCAAAAAUUGCCUAAAUACAUCACGGCUUCACCUGAAAUGGUGGCAGGGUUCGUUUUAUUUAUUUAUUUAUUACUGAGUACAUUCUAAUGUUCUAAUUCUUACCCCCUCUUUAUUUUUCCUUUUUAAGUUAUCUCCUAACACUAAAUGUUUUUUUAUAAGCCAAAGCUGUAUUUUAAUUUGACAUUUUCUCAUUUCAAGAGUUUUUCAUCACACCAAAACACUCAGAACCAUUUCUUUUUAUAUAUUUUGAUGUUUUCAUUGUCAUUUCAUUGUUCAAAUCACAUUCAUUUCUCAUUUUGAAAUCAUUGUUCUUUUACAUUUGAUUUUCUCUGUUCUCUUUCCUGAAGGAAAGCUCUGGGAUGUUUUUUUUUAUCAUCAUAUUUUUUAAGGCAUAUAUAUAAGAACCAAUUGUGGUGGUUCAGAGUAGAUUUCUACCAGGUUACUCUGGUAUUGAUACAAUUUAAGCUCUUUUAUUUGCCUUAAAACUAUACAUAAACUGUAUAAAGUUAUUAUCACUGUUGAAGAGUAUUUUUCUUUCUGAUAUUUUUGAAGAUAAAAAGUGUUCAGUGAAAACUUAAAGAGGCCGUUGUGAAAUUAAAUGUUGCAAUGGUAUCUUUAUUCUGUGUGGACUUUACACAGAGAAUAUGGCUCCUACCGCUAUCUAUCUGCUUUAUAGCCACAGUCAUAACCCACAUGUUCACUUUCAUGCAGUUUCAUUAUUUCACAAGUAUAUACACAAAUAUAUUCAAAAUUGCAGAGUGUUUGGUAAUAUAUGGCAAAAAAAAGAAAAGAAAAACAGUAGUGAUGCAUAGAUAGUGUCUGUGAUGUAACUGAAAGCCUGUGAGAAUGUAAUAGUUCAUUUAUUAUGUGAAUAUUCAAAAACUUGAAAUCAAUUAUGUCAGUGGAGCUCGUUAAAUCAGUCUUAUAAUGCACAACAUAUUAUAAUUGUGUAGAGGGACUGUAGAAGUUAAUCUAGGUGCAAUACAAGGGAUUAGAAAAAAUCGAUCAAGAUAACCAGCAUAGUUUGGAUGAUUACAUUAAUAUACUAAAUAAUUGAAAUACACACCUAAAUGGAGAGCCUUAAAAAGAAUUAAUUUUCUAACAAAAUUACUUAAAGUAUAUUCGUGUAAGUAAAUAAUAAUAUCCUCAGUUCAAGAAUACAUGAUUAAAGUGUUCAGUAUGUAUGUCACUUGUCCAUACAAGCGUGUAAGGCUUUUUAGUGAUCACAGGGUCUUUUUAUUGUGCCUCUGUAUUGAUGUCACACCUUUACCUGCUUGUGAAGACUAUGGAAAGUGCCGAUUGUUAAUUGUUUUAUUAUUAUUUUUUGCUGAUCUGUAGUGUGUAGGUGCUGUAUAAAAAGCAGUUUUAUUAGUGUAAUUCAUUGCACAUCCAUUUUGCAUGAGCUUAAUCCCCACACCACCUACUAUAAUAUCACAUUGAUAACCUUCGUAUUUACACAAGAAACACUGCCUUUUGGUUCCUCUGUCCUAGUCAGGCGACGAAGAGGCCUGUUAUCAUUCAUUUUUCAACUGACUGUAUAAACUUUUAAUCAUUACGUGUAUCAUCAAAGGUGCAGAGCAUCUUUGGCUGUAGUAAUGCUGCUCCUGAGCUGUGCCUCAGUAUCCAGCACUGCCUACUGUGUGCUAAACACAAACACUAUGUAUAUUUUAUAUAGGAGCUGCACUUCUGAUUGUGCUGCAGUAUUUGGCUUUCUUAUCCACACACACACACACACACACACUAUCAUACAGAUGACACCAAAAGCCAUGCAAAAUGAAUUCCAUGACAUAUUUGAUCAUUAGUAACAAAUGAUUGAUGUUAAUGUUUUGAAUGUCCUCACAAUUACAUGAACAACAUAAUGAUUUUUCUAGAUUAUAUGUACAAUUUAAAAGGAUAAACUCAAAUUACCACUUACACAUAACUGAGGGUGAACGGUUUGUACCAGAGUCUACUUGUUUACUAUAUGUUUUGUAUUUGUUUGAACAGUAUAUAUUAAAAACAAAUAAAUCUGUAUGCUGAACCAGGAAA